AUGAAUCUGCUUAAUUCAUAAAACUUGGUCAAAAAAUUAAAAGAACAAUUAUGCACUUUACUUUCUGAGUAAUUAAUGGUUUCAAAAGAUGUCCUCGAAGAUUUACUUAAAUAGAAAUAAAAAAAAUUUAAUAAUUAAAAUUUAAUAUGUGAGAAACAUCAAAGUGAAAUUAUGAUGGUUAAAUGAAAAAAGUAUUUUACCAAAUAGAUUUGCUUGUUUGAAUUGUGUUGAAGAAAAUCCAAUUAGAUACACUAGGUUAUCGAAGUUUUAAGAAUAAUGGGCAAUAUAUAAAUAAAUUUACAUAACUGAUAUGAAAUUGAAAAUAUAAAAUUUUAAUCAAAAUUAAGAAUGGUUGAAGUAAAUUAUGAAUGAUUUGUAGUUAAAAUUAAAUAGUUUUAUUGAAGAACAUAAAAUAAAAUUAAUUGAUAAUAUUUAACUUUAUUAAAAUUAGAUAGCAUAAUUAAAAUCAAAGGAGGAAAUAUAACGGUCAGAAUUAACCAAAGAUAAAACGAAUGAAAUUGCUAAUAUUUUCAGUAAAAAAAAUUUUUUAGAAUAUAUGAUAAAUCAACAAUUAAAAAUUGAAAGUUGGAAGGAAACCCAAGCAAUUCUCCUUAAAGUUUCUCUUAAAAUUUAUUUAAUUUUUUUUAAAGUGAAUUGUUUGAAAAAUUGUAAAUUACAUCAAAGAUUGAAAGUGUAAAUGAAGAAGAAUAAAAAAUAAUUAUAAAGAAUAAACUUAAGUGAUAAAAUCUGUUAGAUAUGAGAAAUUAUAAUAAUACUCAAUCAAAUAAGAUGAUGAAUGUUAUGUAAUUGCAAUAAAUAAAGAUCAUCAGUUGUAAUUGUAGGAUGUUUAUCAAGAAUUCUAAUAUUCUCAUUUCAGAAUGGUCAAUUAAAAUUAUUUAAGUGAUUAAUGAACAUUCUUCUUAUGUUAAUUAUCUAGCAUUUAUGAAAUAAAAGAUUCUUUUCUUUCUGGGAGUGAUGAUAAGACGAUAAGAAUAUGGGAAAAAAAAUAACAAAUUUUGGAAUUGCUCAUAUAUAUUAGAAGGACAUGAGGGGACUAUAUUUUGUUUAAUAUGUCACUCUAAAGAAGAUUUAAUAAUUUCUGAAAGUGCAGAUAAUACAAUUAAAUUUUGGAGUUAAUAAGUAAAUUUACAAGCAUUUGAGUCUGGUAUUAAAUAAGAAUGGUUAUGUUUUUAAACUAUUACUACCCAUACUAAUCAUGUAUUUAAGAAAUAUAAGUUAAAAAUGGAAAUUCUUGUUAAAGUUGUUUUCCUUAGUAAUUUGUAUAAUAAAUAGAUGAUAGUAAAUAAAAAUGGAUCAUUUGUGAAUUUCAUAAGAAUUUCUUCAGAUUCUGAGAUGGUAUUAGACUAUUAUAUUCAAUUUAAUAAUCAUUUAAUUUUUGGAGCAGUAAGUGAUGAUGGAUAGUAUUUACUUACUUGGGAUGAUACAUCAAAAGAAAUACAAAUUAGAAAUAUAAUGAAUGAAUGA